UUAUUUUAAUUGCAUUUUUGUUUACGAAUCCAUCGAUUAACUUUACAUCGAGAUGUACAGUACUGUACGUUGAAAAGUUUUUCAAUUUAAUAAUGUAAAUUAAUUAUCUUUUUAAAAUGGAAAUUCUUCCGUAUAUUAUUUUAUGACAAAAGUUCACAACGACACGACUUUCUUAUCAUCGCCGAUAAGAUAAAAAUACUUCUUCAUUGUAAUUCUACUUCGAUUGUUGGUACUUUAACAGUAAUAUGGAAGAGAGUUCUACUUCAUCUCAGCUAGAAAGUUCCCGGACAUACGUUCCAGUCUGCGAAAAUCCUAAAUGCUCGAAACUACCGGGCCUGGUCUUAUGUUCAUCGUGUCGAUGCGAACUUUGUGCCAAAUGUUUGGAUAAAUCGAGACUCACCGAAUCAUUGGUUCAGUGUCCAGUUCAUCAAACCAUUUUUUGCUAUCGACAGGUAGAUGAUGAUGAAUCGCCCACCUCCGAAUCGGAAGAAAACGUUUUAAACGAAUCCGAAAACUACGAUGAAACCACCGAUAAACAGUCUUCAAAAGACGAGACAACCCUCGUAUGUUGUCCACUCGAAUGUGGAAAAGAUUUGAUUUCUGAAGAAUUACUUCUACACCUCUCUCGUGAUUGCAUUCACAGAUUUAUCGAUUGUAAACAUUGCAACAAAACAAUCAAAUUAAGCUCGGCCAAGGACCAUGAGGAAAAGCAAUGCAGAAUGAUCUCAAUUCCUUGUGAAUAUUGCGAAAUGAAAAUGAAAAGAUGUGAGUUAAAGAGACAUCUCGAUACAUGUAAUCGAAAAAUAGUGAAAUGUAAAUAUAGUUUACUACAUUGCCAUUACGAGGAUGAAAAAAUAAAUAUGAUUAAUCACGAAAGAAUCGAACGACAUUCGUCACACUUAAUGAGAUAUUUAUCGGAACAAAAUACAAAAAUUUUCAAAAUGAGAGAAGAAAUAACAAAACUAAAAGAAGAUUUAAAAGAGUGGCGAUCAAACUAUUCCAAAGCAAGUGACAAUCAAACUAUUCCAACGGAAGUGGCAUCGAUAUCGGUGACAAGUGGCGAUCAAACUAUUCCAAAGGAAGUAGCAUCGACAUCGGUGACACAUCGCCAUCAAUCUACCCAAACGGAAAGAAAGUGGCUGGGGGAAAAUUGCUCAAAAGAGAAGAAAAUCUCAGUAGUACGUCACGGAAAAAUUAUUGGCAAGUGGUCGAACCGAAGUAAUAAUAAAUUAAAAGUCGCCGUCUAUUGCCUUUGCGUCGCAACCGUAAUUGUAAUCUUGGCCAUAUACCUAUAUUGGUAUUAGAAUAAAAUUUUAAAUCUUUUCAUUAAAAGAAUUGGUUUUACAUAUUAUUGUAAUUUAAUUGCCCUAUGUCUUCGCGUUAUGCUCUUUGUAUCUUAAUGUAAAAUAAAACGUAAUAUCUAUGUAAAUAAUCUGAUUCCCGAUAAUUAAAAUAAUUACUUUUAAAAUUGUUUUCGAAAUUGUUACGCUAGAGCUGUACAACCGGAAGGUCAUCGAAAUCGCCGAAAACGUUUGUACGUCUCUAAAAAAUAUCUCGAGAGAAAAGUCUGUUUAAUUCGAUUCAUAGGAAAAGUUCAGAAAAU